CUAUGUGGGGCCCUUUUUAUCCUACAACGGCCAACUGAAUUACCUAUAUACCCUCUGUAGACGGUAGCUCUCGCCCUCUAUGUAAAAACCUGCAAAUCGCAGAAGAUAAGUUUCUGAUCGCAUUGCGAAUCGAGGUCAAUGGCGUCUCUCUCUGUUCAUCUUCGGCUAGCUCUUGUGCUACUUGCAAUAGCGUCGUUUUGCCUGAUUGACGAGGUUCGGGGAAGACCUGCACAGAGAGAGUUCGAUUAUUUUAAGUUGUCUCUGCAAUGGCCCGGCACUUUCUGUCACCGUACUCGCCAUUGUUGCUCCAAAAAUGCUUGUUGCCGAGGUUCAAAUGCUCCAACUGAAUUUACAAUCCAUGGACUAUGGCCUGACUAUAAUGAUGGAACCUGGCCUGCCUGCUGUACACGAUCCAAUUUUGAUGAAAAAGAGAUCUCAUCAUUGACUGAUGCUCUAGAAAAGUAUUGGCCAUCUUUAAGUUGCGAUUCUCCAUCGACUUGUCACGGUACAAGAGGAUCAUUUUGGGCACAUGAGUGGGAGAAGCAUGGGACUUGCUCUGCUCCAGUUGUUAGAGAUGAAUACAGUUACUUUUUAACAACCCUUAAUAUUUAUUUUAAGUAUAAUGUCACGAAAGUACUUAAUGAAGUGGGAUAUGUUCCUUCAAAUACUGAAAAAUAUCCUCUUGGGGGAAUUGUCUCUGCCAUCGAAAAUGCUUUCCAUGCUACCCCAUUUAUUGUUUGCUCAAGAGGUGAAGUGGAGGAACUUCAUUUGUGCUUCUAUAAGGAUUUCAAGCCUCGGGAUUGUGUAAUUGGAUCAAUAAUUCAAAAUAUUUAUUCUUCAAGGAGCUCAUGUCCAAAGUAUGUUAGCCUGCCAUUGUAUUCAUUUGGCACUAAUGAUGCCAAAACUGCAAUCUCAUGGAUAGCUGAUGAUGAUAAAGCUCUUUGAGAAUUAAGAUGUUGGCACUUUCAUGUUUGUACAACUGCUCAUUUGACGCCCCUUCAUGAGUAAUCAAUAUGUGAUUGUACAAAUUGUACAUUAUGCAUGAAUUACAAUAAAGUGGGAUAUACAUAAGCUUAACUUGCUCUGAGAAGAGUUAAUUAGCCUAAAUGAAUUUUAUAACAGACUUAAUAAUAAAUGAAUAUACAUGAAAUCAUUUAUAAAUUCA